CUCCUGCAGCAGAAGCACCAUCGCAGCUGCACGGUUUCUUCAGGCACAAUGAGACUUUCCUACGUCCUCGUCGUCGUGGCCACGCUGGUCGGCGCCUCCUCGGCGGCCCUGAGGAGCCUGGUGUUCCCCCAGGAGACCAGCACCAGCUACGUGGAGAUGGUCCCCCUGAAGCCGCUGGCCCUGAAGGCCUUCACGCUCUGCAUGCGCGUCGCCACGGAGCUGAAGGGCGAGCGCGAGGUCAUCCUGUUCGCCUACCGCACGCACGACUACGACGAGCUCAACGUGUGGCGCGAGCUGGACGGCAGGUUGUCCUUCUACAUGAGCGGAGAGGGCGUGUUCUUCGCGCUGCCCCAGCUCGGCGGCCUGGAGACCCACGUGUGCCUCAGCUGGGACUCCAUCUCCGGCGCCGCCACCUUCUUCCUGGACGGCAAGAAGAGCCUGACCAAGAUCUACCGCAAGAACCACGCGGUGCGCCCCGGCGGCAAAAUCAUCAUCGGACAGGACCCCGACAACUACGUGGGGAACUUCGACGCCAAGCAGAGCCUCGUGGGCGAGAUCAGCGACAUCAACAUGUGGGACUUUGUCCUCCCCGAGAAGACCGUCUGGGACUUGUUCGUCGGCAAGAGGGUGGUGCGAGGGGAUGUGUUGGACUGGGAGAGCGCAGAGCUGAAAAUGCACGGCAAUGUCCAGGUCAUGGAGAACGAGAUGUAGACCAACACACACACACACACACACACGUGUGACACGCCGGAUUAAAGACGUGAUAUGAAGCUCUGCACAUGCACCUGUGAUUAUUCUCAGUUACAAUAAACAUGUAUGACGACAA